CAUGUUACCACUUAUUCCUCAUAAAUGAAGGAUAUAAACAUGUUUGAAUACGAUUUAAAGAUUUUGGCCUGGCUACGCACUCGGGUUGUGUAUUAUUAGUCUUUGUAGUUAUUGUGCCUUCGAGGACCUCCACGCCCCCAGCCGUCGAAGUCGGAAGAGUGAGAUCCAGACUGUUGUGGUUCCAGCGCCACCCACAAAAUGUCGACCUUUUAUUCAUAACUGGGACUUAUUCUGACGCGUUAACUGCUCCCACUCCGCUACAUACGGCUAUGAUGUCGGGGGCGCCCGGGGGAGGCUCCUCUAGUCUGGGCGCGGCGUCGGGAGCUGGUUGCAGCUCCGCCGGCCCUCUUCACGCCGGGGCAGGCGCAGGGGUGGCGGGGAGGCUGCCCGCGCGGGUCCUGGAGCACAUCUUCUCCUACUUGGAGAUGCUGGAUCUGACCCAGUGCGCCUUGGUGUGCUGGCACUGGAGCAACAUGCUGGCGGAUGAAAACAGCGAGGUGUGGCGGAGCCUGUGUGCCCGCUCGCUGAGCGACGAGGCGCUGCGGUCCGACAUCCUGUGCAACCUCCCGUCCUACAAGGCCAAGCUCAAAUCUUACCAACACGCUCUGAGCUCCCACGAUUGCUCCCGCAACGUGUACGUGAAGAAGAACGGUUUCACCCUGCACCGCAACCCCAUCGCCCAGAGCACCGACGGGGCGCGGGGCAAGAUCGGCUUUUCGGAGGGGCGCCACGCCUGGGAGAUCUGGUGGGAAGGGCCCCUGGGGACGGUGGCGGUGAUCGGCCUGGCCACGAAGCGGGCGUCCAUGCAGUGCCAGGGCUACGUGGCCCUGCUGGGCAGCGACGACCAGAGCUGGGGAUGGAACCUGGUGGACAACAACCUGCUGCACAACGGGGAAGUGAGCGGGAACUUCCCGCAGUGCAACAACGCGCCCAAAUAUCAGAUCGGAGAGCGGAUACGAGUAAUUCUCGACAUGGAUGACAAGACGUUAGCCUUCGAGAGGGGGUUUGAGUUUCUCGGCAUCGCCUUCCGGGGGCUGCCCAAAGCCUGCCUGUUCCCCGCCGUCUCCGCGGUGUACGGCAACACCGAGGUCACCAUGGUGUACUUGGGGAAACCGCUGGACGGCUGAAGGCCGCCGAGGCCCGGAAAAACGUUUUUUUGCUCCCUCAAGGAACCGUUACCAUCGGAGGACUGUUGGCAUCUCUACUACAGCUUAGCAUGGGUCCCCACUUGCACCGCGAGGAAGACUUUUUUUCCUCUUCCGUGUCAAAGACCAGGCAUUUUACGUACACAAUUUUCAUCCGAGUCAGUGAAGUAAGUUAUUUUUCAACGUGGCAAACACUAGUAAAUAUUCAUUCAAAAAAAAGCUCACUCUAGGAUACCCCAUGUGUAUUAUAUUAUACACUGUGUGCCACAUCCAUGUCUAUGUGUCAUAUUAACGUGUGUCCCUUUUAUUGUGCUACUCAAAGUUACACUAUACUAUUUAUUUGUCCAUGGUACUACUACAGCUGCUGUACGGUUUACAAGCUGCAAAAUAAAGUCAUUACGU